AUGCUAAUGAUGAAAGCCAAUGAAUUCGGAGAAGCUGUCGGUGCUAAUUUUAAGUGCAGUUCCGGAUGGCUAGACAGAUUUAAAAAGAGGCAUAAUAUUUGCUUCGGCAAAAUUUGUGGUGAAUCGGCUUCUGUGGACCAAAGUGUUACAAAUGACUGGCAAUUACAAACCUGGCCUACAAUAUAUAAGAUCAAAGGUGAAGCAUGCAGUGGUGGAAAAAUGUUUAAAGAAAGAAUAAAUUCCAUGAUUUGUGCUAAUGCAUCGGGCACGGUAAAACGGAAAUUAUUGGUUAUUGGAAAAUAUAACAGCCCUAGAUGCUUUAAAAACGUUAAAACGUUGCCGGUAGAUUAUUGUGCUAACAACAAAUCCUGGAUGUCUUCUCAGAAUUUUACUGACUAUUUAAAGAAAUGGGAUUGUGAACUUAUAAAAGCCAAGACUAAAAUUUUGCUAUUAGUAGAUAAUUGCCCUGCUCAUCCUCAAGUUCAUCUUCACAACAUUAAACUACAUUUUCUUCCGCCUAAUACUACAUCGGUUCUUCAGCCUAUGGAUCAAGGCGUCAUUAAUAGCUUGAAACAAUCUUAUAGAAAGCAGCUUCUGAUGAAAAUUAUGGACCUUCCUGAAGAUGCAAACCCGACAAAAGCUGUGAGUCUUUUAGAUGCUGUCAAUAUGUUAAGUGUUGCAUGGGAAAGUGUCUCUAAGGAAACCAUAAGAAACUGUUUUCGACAUGCUGGUCUGGUAAAAGACAUUCCUGAUGGAUUAGAUUUCGACCCGGAGGACGAUGAACCUUUAAACAAAAUUAUCGAAAUUAAUAACGUAGUGGUUUUAAGCAAGUUUGAUGAAUAUUCAAGGAUUGACGAGAAUAUUAUAGCCACAGAAGAACACUCAGACACUGACUUAAUUCAAGACUUUCUGCAUGAGUUGCUUGAAGAAGACUCCGGUGAUGAAGAUUUAGCACAGCCCGAAACUAUAAUAAAAAUAGAAGACGCUAUGAAUUAUUCUAGGAAACUGAAGCUAUAUUUUCAACAAAAAGAGAAUAGUUCAGAUGCAAUCAAUUUGCUCAAUAAACUCGAAAUCAAACUACAAAAAGAUUUUGCCAAUAAGGCAUUCACCCAAAAGAAAAUCACUGACUUUUUUCAAAAGGCUUAAUUAAA